AUGGCAAAACGUUCGGGAUCCUACAAGAAGUAUUUGGAGGAUGGCACAGAACGAAUCCCGAAAAGAACACGGAACAGAUGGAAGCUAGCAAAAAGACGCAAGGAGGCUGUCCCCAAUGAAGAAAACAAUGAAGAUGAUGAUUCCUUGCAAAAUGUGGUCAUACACGAUAAAAAUUUCACAGAAAAUGAAGAUGAGGAAAACUCUUCUACUGGUUCUCAAGAGAUCAAAGAAUACCCAUCAGAGUCUGAAAUGGACAUGUUUGAUGUCGACAGCAUUGAAGAUGAAAAUGUGGAGACUGAAGACCUGGAUUUCAACGCAAAAGAAAACGCUCCUCAAUGUGCAAUGGCCAACCCACUCUGA